CCAACACCAUGCGCAAGACGUCCAGUUGGCCAACACACUAAGAGAAACGAAAAAAAAAAGAAACAACAAACACUGUAUAAACAGUUGGCAGCUAGCAAACAGUCGUAUGGUAAGAGUGGCCAGCAGGGACAAUGAAAACGUAAAAAAAUAAUCGCCCCCGGCUGCUGACUCAAGCAAAUACUAUAGCAUUUUGUUAAGCUAAACAGAUAACAACGGCUGACAAACUUUACCAAAGAGAGAGAAAAAUAUAACAAUAGCGCGCAAUACUCACGAAUUGGAGCAUAUGGAACAAUAAAGUUGGCGAUAACGCCGUGCAAUACUCUCCGAUCUGGCUACUUGUUAAUGUGCAUUACAAUAAUUAUUUCCGUCGCCCCUCGGGUGUACAUGUUCGAUAACUAGACAAUGGUUGCUCCCAAGUAUGAACGUCUAAGCACCGGCGACGUCGACGUCGGCGCUGGCAGUGAUAUCGACGAUGGCAGCAACAUUGAGGAGCUCGAACUAAGCCUCGACUUGACACAUAAAAAUGUUAACAGUAGUCAGUACGCAAAGAACAACAGCGGUAACAGCAACAGCAACGGCGACGGAGCCACGUCCGCACAGCAGCAUCAUUCACAUCCACACGACGGCAUGACGAGGCAUGCGGAGGCUCGGUUCAUGCAAAUGGCAAUUGGGACAUUGGCCACAAUUCUACUCUAUUUGUCGCUAUCCAUCACGCUGACCUUCUAUCAGACGGACAUCAAUCGAGAGCUGCCCUUUCCGCUCACCAUUGUAACGUAUCAUUUGAUAUUAAAAUUUCUGCUCGCCGCGCUGGUGCGCAGCAUCUAUAAGAUGCGUGUGGGCAAGACGCGCGUCCAGCUAGACUGGCGAGUCGCUGUGCGCCGAAUGGCGCCAACCGGCAUAGCCAGUGGCAUUGAUAUCGGCUUCUCCAAUUGGGGUCUUGCACUGGUGCCCAUCUCUUUAUAUACAAUGACCAAGUCAUCGACCAUUGUGUUUAUACUGCUCUUUGCCAUUCUGCUAGGAUUGGAGCGCAAGAGCUGGUCAUUGGUUCUAAUAGUCGGUCUCAUUGGCUUGGGAUUGUUUAUGUUUACCUACAAGUCGACACAGUUCAAUACGCUGGGCUUCUUGUUUAUUUUGUUUGCUUCACUGAGCAGCGGCGUGCGCUGGAGCUUUGCGCAGUUUAUAAUGCAGAAGUCGAAGUUGGGUCUACACAAUCCCAUUGACAUGAUCUACCAUAUGCAGCCGUGGAUGAUUGUAUCGCUGUUGCCGCUAGUACUCUUCAUUGAAGGACCUAAGUUAUAUGCUGUUUUGCAAAAUCUGCACAAUACGGCUGAGAGUGAUAUUCUGUGGGUUUUUGCCCGAGUUACACUGGGCGCAUUUAUUGCAUUUUUCAUGGAGGUCAGCGAAUUCUUGGUUCUGUGCAAGACAUCCAGCCUUACACUGUCUAUAGCGGGCAUCUUUAAGGAUAUAUGCCAGCUGGCUUUAGCCGUGGCGCUGAAAGGCGAUCAACUCACUCCCAUUAACCUUGUAGGUCUGGCAGUUUGCUUAGCUGGCAUCGCUUGUCAUCUACUGCAUAAAUAUUCCACCAUGGCGAAGGUAAACAAGCAACAGUUGGGCUUACAGUUGGAGGACGAUGGCGAGGACAUGUGCGCCGAGUAUGACUUCAACAAAGGCAAUGCCAUUGUUGGCAUUCAUGGCAAUCCACCGGGCUCACAUGCCGCACUCACUGUGCCGCUGCUGGAACAAACCGACUCGGAAGAUGAGUCGGCGAACGAUUCGACAAACAAGCAAAACGCAUCGGAUGUCAUUUUCGAUGUACUCAAACGGCGCGACAUGCAGCGAUGAGUUGGCUAAUUGAUUACUUAAUCAACCGGCUGUAAAGGCAAACGGCAAUGCAUAGCAUUUUAUUUAUACUUUUAUUCCAGACUUUCUGGGAAAACACCCAAACAGUUGUGAUUGUAUGUGUGUGUCUGUGUUUGUGUGUGCAGCUGUCUGUCCUCUUGACAGCCGUCUUGUAAAUGUUGUAUAUUCCAAAAGCUUACUACUUAGUGCAACAAUUGAACUACAUUCGUAUAUAUUUAGCAUUAUUAUUAUAACAUAUGUAAUUCAAUCGAUCCGUUUGCUUCUACCUAUACUUAUAUUCUCUUGCAGAUCAUAUACUAUUGUAUAUAUACCCAUACAAGUUCCUUUUCUAAAUUGUCUGACUAGAUCAGAAUGUCUGUUUUAUCGAUUGUAAUGUCUCCAUAAUUGUAAUAUGAUAUACAAGCUUUGCUCAUCCGUUUCAAUGCGGAACGCCAUACGCGUUGCCAUAUGAACAAAUGUUCGAUGGAAAUAAUUGAAUACCUGCCAACUCUAUCUCGGAAGGGUAUUUGUAAUUCGGUGUGCCGGAAAGUUGUAUUAAUUUUAUUUGCAUUUCCCUUCCAAGUCAUUUAUUUUUAGUUAUUGACCUAGUUGAAUAGGAGUUUAGUAUUGUUUUGUUGAUUGGGCAUUUGUGCAUAUUCCAUUUUUUUCCUUUAGAGAUUAUUUUUGAUAAACAAUAAAAAUACGGGCUGAGCGUCUUUUCCACUAAUAUAAGAGGUCUACAUAGACCAGUAAACUGGCAACUAUUUAACCUUUUUUAAUAACUAUUUUUCUUAAACACAAUGCAUUAACAGUUAUAAGACGCUAUAUCAAAGAAAACAUGUAUUUAAAUUGCAGACAUCUUAAUAAAAAUUGU